CUCGAUUUCAUCACUUACAGCUCGAGUGUUGCGGUUGGAUUGGCUUGUGUUCUUGGAUUGCACCAGAAUCUUAAAGGGACACCCAUUUCAGUCAUUUCAGCCACAAUCUAUGAUAAUUUCGCGAGACUUGCAUGGGCUUUAGCUCUUUCGUGGGUUGUAAUUGCAUGUCAGCUCAAUAUUGCUGGUCCAAUAAAGGAUUUCCUGGAACUUGGCUUGUGGGCACCGUUCAGUCGCUUGGCUUAUUGCUCUUAUCUGACACAUUUCUUUGUGCUGGUCAUCUAUGAAUCUCAGUUGCGUCGACCGUUACAUUUUGUGAGUACGAUCGUAACGUACAUUCACGAUGCCGUUCCAAUAUUCAUCAUAACCUUCGUCUUUUCACUCUUCUGGAGCUGUGGUUUCGAGCUGUCCUUUGGUAGACUUGAUAAGAUGCUCAUAGAUGCCGUGUUUGGUCGCUGA